AUGAGUGAGGACGCCUAUGAGGUCCCGGAAAGGACCGAGUACCGCUACCUGGUGCAAGAGGAGGAUGAAGAGGAGGUGCAAUAUGUUCGACACAGACACUACAUCAGCCCUUUCUUGGUGCUGUCCAGACGUUGCAUUUUACUCAUCUGCCUUGGGGUUCUUGCCCUUCUCGUUCUGGCCACUUAUCUGGGCUACGUAGCCCAGACACUUCCACCUGGACUUGUCCAAGUGACCACUGACUGCGGCGAAUUUAGAGGCAGACAUAAAAAUGGGGCUUACUCCUUUAAGGGCAUGCCCUAUGCUGCUCCGCCAGUUGGUAACCUGCGUUGGGCACCUCCUGCCGACCCAGUGUGUAAGGAUGGAAUCACUGAUGCCAGCCGCUUCCGCAGUGUAUGUCCUCAAGUGCAACCGCUGUCAAGUCAGGGCAAGCUGAUGGGCCAGGAGGAUUGCCUCUUCAUCAAUGUGUGGACACCGACGCUCAAGGCCGACUCAAAGCUGCCUGUCGUGGUGUGGAUCCAUGGAGGCUACCUACACAUGUUCAGCGGUGGAGAGCCUGGGUACUCGCCCACAGAAACGAUGGCAGCAGAAACUGGGAUGGUGUAUGUCAGCUUCAACUACAGACUCAAUGCAUUUGGAUUCAUGGCACUGGAGAUACUAAGGGAAGGUUCUCCCAAAAACACGUCAGGAAAUUAUGGCUUCAUGGACCAGAUUGCUGCAUUAAAGUGGGUGCAAAGAAACAUACAUGUAUUUGGUGGCGAUCCAGGGAAAGUCACAAUCCUUGGGCAGAGUUCAGGUGGAACCUCUGUAUGGACCUUGAUGAUGUCGCCUCUUGCAAAGGAUCUCUUCCAUGCUGCAGUGGAUAUGAGUGGCUCAUAUGUAUAUAAUGCAACACUGGCGCAGGCGGAGUCAGACAAUCUGGUCUUUUUGAAAAACACUCGCUGCAAUGACCUUGCAUGCCUUAGAAGUCUCCCUGUUAAACAGAUAUUACAGGCUGUGCCAUGGCAGGAAUACCCCUCUUGGGCUGGAGAUGAGUUGACUGACCUUCCAACCAAAGGGCACUUCAAUGGCCCAGUUGCGGUAGUGGAUGGGUAUGUCCUCGAAGCAGCACCUUUUGAGAUAUGGGAAAAGAAAGGGUCCUACAAUGAUGUUCCCUUUGUCAUUGGGACAACAGAACAGGAAGUAGACUUCAGUCCGCCAGUUGAAAAUAUCUCUAUGUGGACAUGGGGGGACUACAGAUGGUUUGUGACAGAAAAACUCCAGUCUUUUAGUGAAAAUCUUCCCAAAGCAGCAUUGAAGCUUUAUCCUUCCUCUGACCCCUGCCCAACCAACGAUCGCUGUCCAGAGAGAGCGUACACGACUAUGGUCUCAGACAUCAGAGUGACAUGUCCCAACAAUGAUCUAGCCCAGAGGGCUGCAGCGGCUCUUCAUAGUCCUGUGUAUCGCUAUGUCCUGACCCAUACACCCUUUGGAGCGGUCAACACGACCAGUUCUGUGGUGCCAUUUCAUAGUCGCUUCUCUUUCCACUGCUUGGAUAUCAUGGCUUUCUUCGGGGGACUGGAGCUACUUUUCGGGGGACCGCUGCCUGAUCAAGACAAGAGUUUCCAGGACCUCCUUAGACAACAUCUUGUGCACUUUGCCAAAACAGGUAAGAUGACCGAUGAGUGGUUAGCUUACCCAGCAGCCACUGCUCUCCUGUCCAGCAAGCUUUUGGUUGCCAACAAUCACUCUUGUACUCGCUGUCAGUUCUGGAAGGAGAAUGGCUUGUAUGCGUACGCAUGGAUAAACUGA